GCGUCAUCCUUUCUGGCGUAGAGCAGCGCGGCGGCCUUUCAUUGCUGCUCUACUUUUCUCCCCCCCAAGCUUUAACUCCUCUGUCUUAACCCGGUAAUUUCGCUGCUUUAUUUCGCUAACCAUGACUCGAAAGAUGCUCCUCGUCGGCGUCUCCGCUUGCUUGGUGGUUCUGGCCGCGCUGGGCUCCGGGGUUUCAGCCGACGGUCUGGUUAACGAGGAGGUGAAGCGGACGGUGGACCUGAGCACUCAUCUGGCCAAGAUCACGGCGGAGAUCCUGCUGGCCAACCCGGGAGACUCCGCCGCACACAGCUUCACGUUAGCGGUGGAGCCCGACCUGGCCCCGCACCUCGCAUACAUCGGAGCCGCGGUGAAGGGUGAUGAAGAGGAGGACGGCAGUCUUGCCCUCCAGCAAACAACAAUCCACGGACAGAGCGGGGCAUUUUUCAAGGUGCAGCUGCCCUCCAGUCUGGCAGCGGGCGCUAAGCUGAGAGUCAAAGUGGAGAUGGUCCUGAGCCACGUCCUGAAGCCCUUCCCCACACACAUCACCCAGGCUGAGCGCCAGCUGGUGGUUUUUCAGGGAAACCACUACCUGUACUCCCCUUACCCCACCCGCAGCCAGACCACCCGUGUCCGCCUGGCCUCCAAGACCGUGGAGAGCUACACCAAGCUGGGCAACCCCAGCAAGAACGACGAGUUCAUCGAGUAUGGACCCUUCCGUGAUGUUGCCCCAUUCAGCGAGGAUACAAUGAAGAUCCAUUAUGAAAACAACACCCCCUUCCUCACCAUCAGUAGCAUCACCCGCACCAUUGAGGUCUCUCACUGGGGCAACAUUGCCGUGGAAGAGACCAUCGACCUGAGGCACACAGGAGCCUUCCUGAAGGGGCCUUUCUCCCGUUACGACUACCAGCGGCAGUCUGACAGUGGCAUCUCCUCUGUCAAAUCCUUCAAAACCAUCCUUCCUGCCUCUGCACAAGAUGUGUACUACCGGGACGAGAUCGGCAACAUCUCCACCUCCCAUCUGCAGGUUUUGGAGGAUUCAGUGGAGGUGGAGGUCAGGCCGCGCUUCCCUCUGUUUGGAGGCUGGAAGACCCACUAUAUCAUUGGCUACAACCUGCCCAGCUAUGAGUACCUCUACACCCUGGGUGACCAGUAUGCACUGAAGAUGAGGCUGGUUGACCAUGUGUAUGACGACCAGGUCAUUGAUUCUCUCACUGUGAAGCUCAUUCUGCCAGAGGGGGCCAGAAACAUCCAUGUGGAUACACCUUACCCGAUUGACCGCAUGCCAGACCAGCUGCAUUAUACGUACCUGGAUACCUUCGGCCGGCCAGUGCUGGUUGCCACCAAGAACAACCUUGUGGAGCAGCACAUUCAGGACGUUGUGGUUCAUUAUACCUUCAAUAAGAUCCUGAUGUUGCAGGAGCCUCUGUUGGUUGUCGGGGCCUUCUAUAUCCUCUUCUUCACUGUAAUAAUCUACGUACGCCUGGACUUUGCCAUCACCAAGGACCCAGCAGCCGAGGUGCGUAUGAAGGUGGCCUCCAUCACAGAGCAGGUGCUGACUCUGGUCAACAAGCGGCUGGGUCUGUACCGCCACAUGGACGAGGUGGUCAACCGCUACAAACAGUCACGUGACACUGGAGCUCUCAACAGCGGCCGCAAGACGCUGGAGGCCGACCACCGCGCUCUCACCAAUGACAUCAGCUCCCUGCAAGCCCGCCUCAAGGCUGAAGGCUCCGAUUUGGCAGAUAAGGUUGGGGAGGUGCAGAAGCUGGACGGCCAGGUGAAGGAGCUGGUGUGUCGCUCCUGCCAGGAGGCGGAGCGCCUCGUCGCUGGCAAAGUCAAGAAGGAGGCCUACAUCGAGAGCGAGAAGAAUCUGGCCAGCAAGAGACAAGAGCUUGUCAGCCGCAUCGACAGUCUGCUGGACGCCCUCUAAACAGCUCUGGCCACACUUUCACACACAAACACAUGUACACACACACACCCACACACACACACACACACACACACACCAGACACACACGCUGCCCCUGCUACAUAGAUGUACAACUGGCCAUUCAUACGUAUGAAGAUUACAAAAAAAGUGACACAAAUACUUGCAUUUUUUUUAUCACCCUGGAACCCAGACAUGAACAAUUAAGGACUCAUCAGAUCGUAGCUAUAAGUUUAUCCAAACACUUGUGCCUUUGUGCCUAGUGAGAAACAGGAGGUCAUUUUGUGCUCGGCUCUGCAGUGGCUACAUCACAACUUGUGGCAGUUUUUUUUUGUUUUGUUUUUGAGUGUGUGCAGCUGCGCUUGUUUAAACUUUGUCACACUCGCUCAAGUUGACAUCAUUUUCAUGUUUAAAUCUGGACUCUACCUUUUUGUAUUUUUUUUUUUUCACCAUUUGAAUGAUCGUUUGAGGUUAAAGGAAUUGUUUUGUAAUGAAUAGAGUUGAUACAUCAGUGGUUGUCCCCAAGUGUUUUUUUUCUCAUGUCUUCACUCGCAUGUGUUCUGUACGCUCUAAAGUUAACUCAUCUGAGUAUGAUGGCGAUUGUAUGACUUGUCAUCUUAUUUGCACUUGCACAACUUUGUCACUUACCAGCUGCCCCCAACAAAGCUUGCGUUUGAACAAAGCUGAAAGUCUGAUUUUGUCUCAGUCCAGAUCGAUCAGCUGGGGAAUGGUCUUCAUGCUUGUUUUUGCUGUUCAUGUGUAAUAUUUUCCAGAUUUUGUAUGCUUUUAUUGUUUUGCCAGUGAGUUUUCCCCCAUGAGAUUAGGCAAUACAUGAUAUUAUGUGGUAUGCGAGGAAAGACAUGGGCAAUGCAACACAAGGAAUGUUUGAAGAGGGCAAUGAAAUGGAAAAACUACCAAAUUUGAAAUAAAAAAAAGUUUGACAAACGGUUUAAUCGGUUAGCAUGGUUGUUCUCUUAAAAGGCAAUUGUAUGAAGAUGAACUUGAUAAUUGGUUUUUGAUCUCUGACUGGUGAAUAAACAAACCUUGGGACAGUCCUGAGGGAAGCAAUAACCUCAGUUCAUCAAAGGAGGGCGCACUUGUGCCAAGUACUAACAAGCUAUUUUCGGGUAGGGUUGUGUGUUUUCCUGCCUUCAGUAGUCCCACGCCGCAUUUUGACUGGGACAAAACAUCAUGGUUAAUCUGCCCAAAGUAACCAAAGCAGACUUAAGUAAUCUGAAAAUCCCAAAAUGAAAAAUAAGCCAAAUUUACACCAUGAUUUCAGGCUCUGUCAGAGGGGCUUUCCAGCACAUUGUUGCAUUCCUGCUCAGCAGGCCUUGAUUCAGAGAGACCCCACCUAGCAACCUCUCCUCAACAAUCAGCAGAGCAGCCAGCCAGCCUCAAUCACAGUCAGAGCCUAGGACAAACAGGAGAUGACACGGGGGUCAGUCUGAGGUCAUUGCUUUCCCUCUGAGGUCAUCAAGGGUCACGGCAGGUCAUUUCCUGUUCCAUAAUAACAGGCCCUGUCCCACUCGCAAUGAUAACGUUACCAUAUUGUAUGUGCCAUACAAUAAUCAUUCUGAAAAUACACAACGGGGGAAAGUAAA